UCAGCUGUCCGUGACGGGUCUGGGAAGGCGAAGCCGGGGUCUAGCCACCAUAGCCGGGGAUCGUCGGCUGUUGACGUCAUGGUCGUGGUCCGUCGGGCCGUAUCUGUUGUGUUUUGUUCGGUUACGAAGAAUGUGAUGUGCACACCGGUGCUGUAGCCUGUGCCAGGCGCUGUGAUCUUUGUGUGGGAACGUGUGUGUGUGUUUUGCCUGUGUGCAUCGCGUGCUUGUGUGCGCGCGUGUGCCAUGCCGGGGUGUGCCGUCUCCUGAGGAGCAAUGUUCCGCUGUAUUCCACUGUUCCGUGGGUGCAACCGUCAAGUCGAGUACAUCGACAAGAGGCACAGUAACUUAUUCAAUAUACCGGACGAUGUGCUGAGGUACGCGAGGACGUUAGAAGAGCUGCUUCUAGAUGCCAAUCACAUUCGCGACCUGCCGAGAGGUCUUUUUCGACUCACGAAGUUGCGGAGGUUAAGUGUCAACGACAAUGAAAUCUCCCAGCUUCCAGCGGACAUUGCCAACUUGAUGAACUUGGUCGACUUGGAUGUGAGCAAAAACGGUAAGCAGACAUCAUUUACUGCCGCAUCCUGGGUAUUUCUGCUGCGAUAGCGAUGCGUGGUUCUU